CCGCGACCUUCCACGUCCCCCCGCGUCGCGUCCGCCGCCCAGUCCCUUCUCGGCGGAGAAGCUCCUUCCUCUUGGGAAGCACCUCUGCCCGCUCCCGGCAGGUCCUGUGAGCCCUGAGCCCGCGCUGCAGGGAAGAGCGGGGCAAACGAAACAAACAGAACCAUGGCGACUCCCUCUGCUGCCUUUGAGGCGCUUAUGAAUGGAGUGACAAGCUGGGAUGUCCCCGAAGAUGCCAUCCCGUGUGAACUGCUUCUUAUUGGAGAGGCCUCAUUUCCAGUGAUGGUGAAUGACAUGGGCCAGGUGCUCAUUGCUGCCUCCUCCUACGGCCGAGGCCGCCUGGUGGUCGUGUCCCAUGAGGACUACUUGGCGGAGACCCAGCUUACUCCCUUUCUCCUCAAUGCAGUGGGGUGGCUUUGUUCUUCCCCUGGGGCUCCCAUUGGUGUACACCCAUCCCUGGCACCUUUGGCCAAAAUCCUUGAGGGCUCUGGAGUGGAGGCAAAGAUUGAGCCAGAAGUGAAAGACUCCUUGGGGGUUUACUGUAUCGAUGCCUACAAUGAAACCAUGACUGAAAAGCUGGUCCAGUUUAUGAAACGUGGAGGGGGCUUGCUCAUGGGAGGCCAGGCCUGGGAUUGGGCCAACCAGGGCGAAGAUGAAAGGGUGCUGUUCACAUUCCCUGGGAACCUCGUGACCAGCGUGGCUGGUGUGUACUUCACUGACAACAAAGGGGACACAAGUUUCUUUAAAGUCUCCAAGAAGAUGCCCAAGAUCCCAGUCUUAGUUAGUUGCGAAGAUGACCUCUCCGAGGACAGAGAGGAGCUCCUGCAUGGGAUUUCAGAGCUGGACAUCACCAACUCGGAUUGUUUCCCAUCUCAGCUGCUAGUGCAUGGGGCUUUAGCCUUUCCCCUGGGUUUAGAUACCUACCAUGGCUGUGUCAUAGCAGCUGCCCGCUAUGGCCGGGGCCGGGUGGUUGUGACUGGCCAUAAGGUAUUAUUCACUGUUAGUAAACUGGGUCCCUUUCUGCUCAAUGCUGUCCGCUGGCUGGAUGGGGGCCGUAGAGGCAAGAUCGUGGUGCAGACAGAGCUGAGAACACUGAGUGGCCUGCUUGCUGUGGGGGGGAUAGACACCAGCAUUGAACCCAAUCUGACCAGUGAUGCAAGUGUCUAUUGCUUUGAACCCACGAGUGAAGUGGGGGUUAAAGAGCUGCAGGAGUUUGUAGCAGAGGGUGGUGGACUAUUUGUUGGAGCCCAAGCCUGGUGGUGGGCCUUCAAGAACCCAGGAGUAUCCCCUUUGGCUCGAUUCCCAGGAAACCUCCUCCUCAACCCCUUUGGCAUCAGCAUCACAAGCCAAAGCCUCAACCCAGGCCCCUUUCGUACUCCUAAAGCAGGGAUAAGGACCUAUCACUUCCGCUCCACCUUGGCCGAGUUCCAGGUUAUAAUGGGCAGGAAGAGAGGAAAUGUGGAAAAGGGCUGGCUGGCAAAGCUGGGCCCUGACGGCGCAGCUUUCCUUCAGAUUCCCGCGGAAGAGAUCCCUGCCUACAUGUCUGUGCACCGGCUGCUGCGGAAGCUGCUAAGUCGGUAUCGGCUCCCGGUGGCCACCCGAGAGAACCCUGUUAUCAAUGACUGCUGCAGGGGUGCUAUGCUUUCCCUGGCCACGGGUUUGGCCCACUCUGGAAGUGACCUCUCUCUGCUAGUCCCAGAAAUUGAAGACAUAUACAGCAGUCUCUAUCUGCGCCCCUCAGAAUCUCCCAUCACCGUGGAGGUCGACUGCACCAAUCCAGGCACCAGAUACUGCUGGAUGAGUACGGGGCUCUACAUACCUUCCAGGCAGAUCAUAGAAGUCUCGUUACCUGAAGCUGCUGCCUCUGCCGACCUGAAGAUACAGAUUGGCUGCCACACGGAUGACCUGACCAGAGCCAGCAAGCUGUUCCGAGGCCCCCUCGUGAUCAACCGGUGCUGCCUGGACAAACCCACGAAAUCUAUCACCUGCCUCUGGGGCGGCCUUCUCUAUAUCAUUGUGCCUCAGAGCAGCAAACUGGGUUCUGUGCCCAUCACCGUGAAGGGGGCUGUGCAUGCUCCCUACUACAAGCUGGGGGAGACAUCCCAGGAGGAGUGGAAGAGGCGCAUCCAGGAGAACCCAGGGCCCUGGGGAGAGCUGUCCACGGACAACAUCAUCCUGACGGUGCCGACCGCAAACCUCCGUACUCUGGAGAACCCGGAGCCAGUGCUUCGCCUCUGGGAUGAGGUGAUGCAGGCCGUGGCCCGACUGGGAGCCGAGCCCUUCCCCUUGCGUCUGCCUCAGAGGAUUGUUGCGGACGUGCAGAUCUCAGUUGGCUGGAUGCAUGCAGGGUACCCCAUCAUGUGCCAUCUGGAGUCAGUGCAGGAGCUCAUCAACGAGAAGCUCAUCAGAACUAAGGGGCUGUGGGGCCCUGUCCACGAGCUGGGCCGCAACCAGCAGCGGCAGGAGUGGGAGUUCCCCCCACAUACCACCGAGGCCACCUGCAACCUGUGGUGUGUUUAUGUGCAUGAAACAGUCUUGGGCAUCCCUCGAGCCCGUGCCAAUAUUGCCCUGUGGCCCCCAGUUCGGGAAAAGAGAGUCAGAAUCUACCUGAGCAAGGGUCCCAAUUUGAAAAACUGGAAUGCGUGGACUGCACUGGAAACGUAUUUACAGCUACAGGAGGCAUUUGGGUGGGAGCCCUUCAUCCGUCUCUUCACUGAGUAUAGGAACCAGACCAACUUGCCUACAGACAAUGUCGACAAAAUGAAUCUGUGGGUCAAGAUGUUCUCCGACCAAGUGCAGAAGAACCUGGCUCCGUUCUUUGAGGCCUGGGCCUGGCCUAUCCAGAAGGAAGUGGCUACCAGCCUGGCCUAUCUGCCUGAAUGGAAGGAAAAUAUUAUGAAAUUAUACCUCCUCACACAGAUGUAAGGAGUGCCCAUCGAGGUGGCAGGCCCCACUGAAAUUGAAGUCAAGAAACGCAAAAGGAAAUUGACACAUCUCAGCAAAGAAAACUGAAGGGAUUUGGUUAUAAGUGGAGAAGAUCUCAACACAUUUCUGGAAGAGAGAAAGUGGAUGAAGCAAGAUAAUGAGUGAACAAGUAAAGGUACCUUUCAGACAGAAUAUAAGCUGAUCUGGACAUUGUAACCCCAAAGAGACUUGAGACCUGAAAACUUUAUGUACUAAAGAAUUACAGUCAUUGUAAAAUUAAACCCCAUCCUACUCUACCCCUACCCUUGUGCAUAGAACACAAGCAGCCUACUAUCGGUAUCAGUUAAAAAUGUGUUGUUGUUGUUGUCGUUUGUAUGAAGGAAUUGAAUAAACUGCCUGAGGAGAGGUAAGAGUUGGUGUUCCAGAAUAAAAUUCCUCCUUUUUUGGAAAUUAGUGGCCCCCAACCUAUCAGCUAAUUCUCUCCUGACAGUUUAGACCCCUACUCAAGUGCCCAGUACCUCCAGGCAUGAAGAAGCUUACUGGAGUAACAGACCUGUCCAUAUAAAAGCAGAGAAAACCCACACCAACUCUUAUAAAAGUUAACAGUUACGUGGAUCUUAAAUGAUCAGCUAGGAAUUCCCAUAGGUGGAAGGGAGGGAAGAGCAGUGAAGAAGCAUUAAAAAAAGAAAAUCACCAGAUGGUAUUAGGGGGUUUCAAAAUAUGACAAACUCUGAGGUAAACAAAGUUUGUGUGGAAAAAAUAGCCUAAAAUUCUACCUAUAUCUUCAGAGAGAUUUGAAGUAUAUUUGUAAGAUGAAAACAGGAUACCACAAAGAAAGAUAAAACUCUGAGAAGAAGAACCCUUUGAAAGUGAAAUAAGACUGCCAAAAGUAUUCAUUAGACAGGCUAGAAAACAAAGUUGAAAGAAUACCCCCAGAUGCAGAAAUAAACAAUAUAUGGAGAAAAGAAAUGAACAAUAUAUGGAGAAAGGAAAGAGACACAGGCAAUCAAUAUCUAAUUGUUAGGAGUUCCUGGAGGAGAGAACGUAGAAAAUAUAGAUGAAGAAAUAAAAAGAAAAGAAUUAAAGAAUAGAGCAAAGUCUCCAGAUUGGAGGGGGCCAAAUACAUCCUAUAUCUAGACAUAAUCUUGUGAAAUUUUAUAAUAUUAAGCCCAGAGGGAAGAUAUUAAAAGCAUCCAAAAGUAAAAACAAAAUUAGGUUAUCCUGAUUAGCUCAACAAAAAAGGGAUAAGAAAUAGACUGGCAGCAGAUUUUUUAUCAGCAACACUGAAUGCUACAAGUCAAUGGAGCAAAGUCUUCGCACAGAUUAUGGGAAAUUUUUGUACCCAGAAUUUCAUAGCAAGGGAAAGAAA